AUGACUCGCUUCCGAACGACCGUCUACCACCCACAAGCAAACGGGUUGGUAGAACGUUUUCACCGACAACUAAAAGCUUCACUAUCAGCUGCAAACGUUUCACAGUGGACCGACGCCCUUCCAUUUGUCUUACUAGGUAUUCGCAAUGCAGUGAAAGCUGACAUUGGAUACACUGCGGCUCAACUCGUUUAUGGAACGACACUUCGACUUCCAGGAGGAUUCGUGGAUCCUUCAUCCUCUUCAAUGAACAUGGAUCUAACCUCCUACACGAACAGGCUUACAAACGCAAUGCAUUCAGUUAAACCUGUUUCCACUGGACCUCAAUCAACUGAUAUUUUCGUUCAACCUGACUUAUGGUAUAGUACACACGUCUUCGUGCGUCGAGACUCGCAUCGACGACCAUUCGAACCAGCAUACGAAGGACCUAUCAAAGUUCUUCAACGCGAACCGAAGUACUAUAUAAUCGAUAAGGACGGAACCAACGAUAGCAUCAGCAUCGAUCGCCUCAAAGCAGCGUAUUUAGAAGGAAAUCCUAUUCACGUCGAUUUCCCUUCGGUACAAUCACACAACACGACUCCUACGCUUAUAAUACCUUAUCCGACGACAACCAACACGCACGAUGGUACUUCGACAGUAUCUGAAAAUAAACUUAAAACAACGCGUUCUGGAAGAAGAGUAAGAUUUGCAGAACAUUUAAAUGACUAUUGCACGUAA